AUGAAUACCAUCGGAAUCGGGAUCGUGUGCCUCAUUCUCCCUCUUCUGGGAUCCGCUAUGUUUCUGGAUCCUGCCUGCGGGAUUCGUGCUCCGAUCCCUACGGUUCCACGGAUCAUAAAUGGGGCGAUCGCACCAUUGAGAUCAAGUCCCUGGAUGGCAUUCCUUCACACCACCGAUAACUAUUUUGUUUGCGGCGGAACUCUGAUCACAAACCGCUUGGUUCUAACUGCAGCGCACUGCUAUCUGAAAAAUUUCACAUAUACCAAUCUAGUAGCUCGUUUGGGAGAAUACGAUAGGGAUGAUGUUGAGAAAUGCUACGGAAACUAUUGCACGCUUAGAAUUGAGGGCAAAGUGGACAGGGGAUUCAAGCAUCGCCUCUUCGAUCCGGACACUCUGGCCUACGAUAUAGCCCUUCUCCGGCUGAAGCAAAGAGUAGAGUAUCGGGAUAACAUUAGACCGAUCUGCAUUGUCACGGAUACUAGGUGGAGGAAUUACAUUAACUCCUUGGAUCCGCUGACUGGAACUGGCUGGGGAAGAACGGAAAAAGGUCAAGAUAGUGGCUAUCUUAGGACGGUGGACUUGAGCCGACAAGAUCCUAUAUACUGUUUAAUGUAUACCGCUAAGCAUAUUUUGAAAACCCAGUUUUGUGCCGGAAAUUUGGACAGCGGUUUCUGUAACGGCGACUCCGGUGGUCCUGUUGGUGCAUUGAUCCCUUAUAAAAAGUCAUCUCGCUUCAUACAAGUGGGAAUCUCUAGUUUCGGCAAUCAUCGUUGCGCAAAUGCAAGCGUGUUCACGAAUGUCAUGAGCCACGUCGACUGGAUCCUUUUGGUGCAUAACAACUAUACAUACUGCGCCGCAGGAUGCAAAAGUGCCAUUAAUACAAAUAGAGUGACACAGAAACGGGGAGCCGAGGAUAGUGAGUCCGCGGGUAUCGCCUUUGGCCAGGUGGAAACGGUGGCUAUCGCCUCGCCUGGUCGCCUGCCGCGCUUUGUAUUCCACUGCCUCCAGCUCUCGAAUGCCAUAACUUUGGCGCCCAGCAAUGCUGCAGAUUUGGCCAAGUGGAAGACUAAUCUGUGA